AUGUCGCGCCUCUACGGCCUCUACGACGAGUGCAAGAAGUACGGCAGUGUUCGCUCGUGGAAGCUGCUGGUGUCGACCUUCCAAUGCCUCCCGCUGGCCGCGGUGAUCGACGAAAGGACGUUCUGUGUGCAUCAUGGAAUGUCGCCUAAGCUGCACACGCUCAACGACAUGGACGCGCUGGCCAGAAAUGAGUUGGCUGAGGAUGAGGCACCGCUGUGCGACCUCCUGUUCUCGGAGCCCCAAGACAGCCCCUGCUGGGUGCCAAACGAAGACCUGUUCGGCUAUCUAUGGGGACCAGACGUCACCGAGUGGUGGAACAGUAACAACGGGCUCGAGUUCCUUGUGAGGAGCGGAGGCUACAUCGCGGAGCGCGCCUGA